ACUGAUGAAGGAACUACAGGGCUCGUGUCAGGAGCUCGAGGUGCUUCCUGACAUGAACUUCGUGUCUUGGUUUAACAACCUGAACCGCCUCAGUGAAUUGGAAAGCUCCAAGCUAUCCAGGGAGCUGGAGCCUCCCCGCCGGGUACUUGUCCUGACCAGGAACAACAAGAGGAGCCCUCCCCUGGGGAAGCACUCAGGAAAUUGCCAGGCUUUGACAAGAGAGCUCAGCAACAAUGGUAGUUCCCAGUUGGAGACAAAUGAUCAGCUCAGCGGUGGGAAUGGCAGCCAUGUACCCAGCGUGCACUUGAGGAGCUCACCCAAGCCUUCUUCACACUGCAAUUGAU